AUGUGUUAUUUCAUAGUUGUGAUGUAAAAAAUAACCUGUGUGUAAGUCCAAAAAUAGACAAAGGGUCAAUCAAAAGUGUGCAAGUUUGAGCAUGUGUCCAUUAGGCCUGUGGAUUUUUUUAAUCAGUGAAUUAGAUUGAGCAAUAAUCCCCACUUUUUUAUUUUGUAGUCUUGGCUCCGCACUAUGCAGCUGUUGCAAGAGCACUUUUUUUCCACUGGCUGUCCACUGGUUUCAAAAACAAUGAUUGUUAGGCAGCUUAAACUUCUUGAAUUGAACCAUUAUUGGGUUCAAAUACAAUUUUAGAUUUGUGAACAGCCAUCCACAAUCUGUAAGGUGCAAAUAGCUAAAUGAGAGCAGCAGUGUGAUUCACAUCAAUGCGCUUUGUAGAUAUCAAUAAUAAGUGAUAGCCGUAUCGCCGUAGACUACACCACUGCAGUUGUCCGUACCUCCAAGCAUUUAUUCAAGUUGGAUAAACUUUGGAUGCCGACAGCAGUUGCACCAUUUGAAGACGUAGCCUAAAAAAGCCUAUUCCUACUCUUUUCCCACGAUCCAUGAAACGAAUUUGGUGUGCCAUGAUCGUGAUCUCUAACUUGUGGUCAGACUCAAUUAGUUGGAACAAACUUAAACUUGCUCCUUUUUUCAAUGCUGAUUUGAAUUUCAUUGAAAACAACAGAAGGGUCAAAGAUUUUUUUUAAACUGGAGAUUUAAACGAUGAUGGCGAAUCCUCCUGGUUUAUCGACCUUGCCAUCGUACUGAACUAGUUCCUGACUGUGCUUCACAGAAGGACAGUUUUUAAAUGUGGCAAUUUAAGAUUUACGUUUUGAUUACAACGUGCGCAUAAGUUCUAGUUAACGGAAUAGAUUAAUGUUUUUUCAGCACAGAUUUACUCAGGAGGCAUACAACAGUGUAGGAAUAGAAUAGGUCCAGUGUUUCACAUUUUUUCUUAUGCUUUCAUUCGGCCUCACAGUGCGGACCGAACCGAGGUCCCCGUACUGAACGGUUCGAUACAUGUAUGGUGUGGCGUGUGUGUGUGUACUAUAUAGGCACCUGAGCUGAGCCAUAAGGGAGACUAUGCAUUGUCGUGACGUGAAUUUCAUUAAUGUGAUGACUGUUAUUAACCUCUCUGCGCACAGAUCCCUUUAACGGGAUAAUUUCCCUAAACAACCGCUGAAUUGCAGGGUGCCAAAUUCAAAAAUAUUACUAAAAAUAUUUAUAAUCAUGCAAUCACAAGUGAACUAUACCAAAACACAGCUUAGCUUGUUGUUAAUCCACCUAUCGUGUCAGAUUUUGAAAAUAUGCUUUACAGAGAAAGAAAUCCAAGCUUUUGUGAGUGUAUCAAUCAAUGCUACAACAGCUAGCCCCAAAUUAGCAUGGUCAUCAAAGUCAGGAAAGCAAUAAAGUUAAUCGCUUACCUUUGAUAAUCUUCGGACGUUUGCACUCACGAGACUCCCAGUUACACAAUAAAUGUUAUUUUUGUUUGGUAAAUAUUACUUUUAUAACAAAAAAAAUCAAUUUGGGUUGCGCGUUAUGUUCAGAAAACUACAGCCUCGUUCCGUUCGACAAAUUCCAAAAAGUAUCCGUAAUGGUCGUAGAAACAUGCCAAAUGUUUAUUAUAAUCAAUCAUCAGGUUGUUUUUAACAAACAUAAUCGAUAAUAUUUCAACCGGACCGUAACCUAUUCAAUAAGAGAGAAAAGGAAAAUGGAGAGCUCCCCUCUCGAGCGCAGGAACUAUUCAGAGGACACCUGACUACUUUUGAAAAAUCUCGUUCAUUUUUCAAAAUAAAACCUGAAACUAUGUUUAAAGCCUGGUCACAGCCUGAGGAAGCCAUUGGAAAAUGAAUCUGAUUGAUACCCCUUUAAAUGGAAGAAAGACUGGCCAGGAAACACAGAUUUAUAAAUAAAUAAUAUAAUGUCCGGGAUUAGAUUUUCUCAGGUUUCCCCUGCAGAAUCAGUGUUGUUAUACUCACAGACAAUAUUUUGACAGUUUUGGAAACUUUGGAGUGUUUUAUAUCCUUUAUACCACAUCUUUUGGUCUGAUAUAUUAAUUCUUAGCGAGUCCUUUUAAGCACUUUGGUCGGAAAGGGCGGUUCCAUCACGCUGACAAGCUCUCUGACCUCAUUUGGGGCGUGGCUACUUAAUGUGCUAAGGAUAUGAUUAGAAGUUCUCUUAUGACUCCUAAAAUCAAAUUCCUAUCUUAACAAAAAUAGUUUUACCCAUUUUCAUAUCUCAGACAACGUAUUGGAUGGAAACUUGACAGCUAGAGGGGGUUUCCUUCCUAAGUUACAGUAUUUGGUUCAUACAGUUUUUAAUAUCCUCACAAAAUGAAAAGUAAUAUGACAUUGGUCAGCAGGGACCUAAAGAAUAUUCUCAACAUUCCUAUAUUCGCAGCAUUGUUCCAAUAUUAACUUUUUUGGAUGGUAGUUUUGGCAGCAAGUCUUCUGUAGACAAGGACAUUCCUUUACCAAUACUGAAGAGCAAGGGGGAGAUUCCCCUCCUGCCUAUGUUAUGACAGAGUGUUAAGGUGUCAGAACAUUAUCAAAAUGUUUUCUUUGGGGCAGAAAUGCCUUCUUGAACAUGUAGACUUUCAUGUGCCUUAACAAACUUGUAUGCCAUCUUGUAAAUACAAAUAAAAUUGUUAAAUUACGAGCCUCGUUGGUUAAGCCACAUAAAAAGACCGCAACCUUCCCACUAGCCAUGAUUGGCUGAGAUAAUGAGUGGGCUGGACAUACAGAGAGAGGAGUUCGGAUUGGUCUGCCAUAGAGGGCUUUUGUCUAUUUAAGUUGAUCAGUCUGUUGGCUAUCCUGUCGAACAUGGCUUUAAAAAAAAUAAAUGUUGAUGCAUAAGUGUUGCUCUCCACUUUCUGGAGGAUCGAGUUUUGAAAUCAGUGGAAUUAGAGUAUGAUAGCUAAAGAGCUGGGACAACACCCGCUUCAGGAUUAUGUCUUCAAACUAAGGGCAUUUGUGUCAUGGAUCCGUGACAGGGAGACACGUCCAACAUGCAUGAUUAUGUAUACAGGUAAGAUGGCCUAGCUAUCUACAUUUCAGAUAUUACACGUUUCUAAUUUUGACAGUGGUUUUAUCUCAAGCUAAAGUGUACAUUAGCUAGCGUUAGCUGGCUGGCUCGUUAGCUGAUGUGUGUGUGAUCUUACAUGUUGUUUACCUAGCGAUGUUCAUUGUUUACCUAGGUAGCUAGCUAUAUGUCUUAAGCUGAAGUUUACAACACCAGUUGAAUAUGUCCGGUGUCAGUAAACGUUGGCUGAAAAGCAUAAUGAAAUUGUUGGUUAGUCUGUUUUCAUGUUAUCCAGAGGUAAACCAAUCAACGACCAGAGCGUCAAGUGUGUGUGUGCUCUGAAAGCAAGGAGAUAGAUGGUUGGGGCUAAAGCUUAAGAGGGUGUGAACGAUGCUGAAUGUGUAGACUACAAGCUUUCUCACUAAACAAUAAAAUGCCACUUAUCAACUUUCAAAGCAGAAUUACUUUCCCAUUGUUCCUCAAAUGCAGUGUAUGAUAUACCAUGUUGUAGCUCUGAGUCUCUACUAUUUAUCCAAUGUAAAAAAAUAAAAUAAAAAAUUGUUACAUAAGACCGAAUCCAGGUUGUGAGUCACAAAUUGUUACAGCCUUAUUCUAAAACGGAUACAAUUAUUUUCAUCAAUCUACACCCAAUACCCCAUAGUGACAAAAAAACAGAAAUACCUUAUUUACAUACAUUUUCAGACCUUUUGCUAUGAGACUCGAAAUUGAGCUCGGGUGCAUCCUGUUUCCGUUGAUCAUCCUGAAUGUUUCUACAACUUGGAGUCCACCUGUGGUAAAUUAUAUUGAUUGGACAGGAUUUAGAUUAUUAUUAUUUUUUAAAUCAAAUGUGUUUUUUGGGGGGCAGAAAUGCCUUCUGGAACAUGUGAAUUUUCAUGUGCCUUAAUAGCAAACUUGUAUGCCACCUGUUAAAUUACGAGCCACAGACAAAGUCGGCAACCUUCCCGCUAGCCAUGAUUGGCUGAGCUAUUGAGUGGGCUGGACAUUCCGAAAGGAGUUCGGAUUGGUCUGCCAUGUAGCACGUUGGAGCUGGUUAGUAUGUGUAGGUAAUCCUGUCUAACGUGGCUUUAAAAAAAAUGUAUUCCAUAAUAGAACUGCGUAAGUGUUGCUCUCCACUUUUUUGAGGACCGACUUUUGAAAUCAGUGGAAUUACAGUAUGAUAGCUAAGGAGAUGGAGAAAACACCUGUCUCCGGAUUACAUCUUCAAACUGAGGGCAUCCGCAACCAUAGCAUCCGUGACAGAGAGGGAGAAGCCUCCAUCCAUGUAUACAGGAUCAAGAAAUGGAUAACCAAGACAAGAGCUUAGAUGGAGGUGAAGAGGGAAGCUUCUCGGUUAACGCAGGCAGUUCCAAGUCCACCACAUUAACUUCCGUGAUGCAUUUGCCUGGCUCCACACCCCAGCCUCCAGCCAGAGACUCCUCUAACGGACUGAAUGUCACUAAGAUUCAGGGUGAGCUCUCCACAGCAGGGACAGCCUCCAUUGGACUCUCUAUAGAGGAGGCUGAAGUGAAGUUAAUGGGCAAGGCCCUGAGAAUGCAGAACUCACAGAAACAGCAGCAGAAUCAUCAACAGCAGCAGCUGUUUGAGAACUUUGCUCUGUUGGAGGAGAGCAUUUCAGAUUUGAAUCGAUCCAACACCCCAGGGAGCUCUGUACUUGGAUGUUCUAAUUACCUUUUCCCUCUGAAAACUGAGGACUUUUCACCAAUGGAUAAGGACAGGCUUGACAUGGGGACAGUCAGCUUUGGACAGUCACUGAAGGACUUGGAUGUCAACGAGAGGCUCCUUGGUGACAAUACGCUGGACAUUCUGCGUGAUUUGGACUUGCCUGGCUCUCUGUCUGACCUGAAUGAGUUUUACCUGGCUGACGAGGCCGCUUUCCUUUCCUCCCUGUCAGUGGAUGAUGCCCUGCUCGGUGACGGCAACAUGGAAACCAAGCCCAUAGUCAGUAGCAGUGGGGGAAACUGUAAAAAUGUGAAUGGUGCGGACCAGCAUCGGCAGCAACUGGGCCCAGGGAUCUCCAUGCCUGUCAUCAAGACAGAGAAGGACGCUGACACCUCCUUCAUCCAGCUUUACACCCCAGGUGUAAUCAAGCAGGAGAACGAGCGCCAGAGCUACUGUCAGAUAUCCAGCCUGGACAUACCUGGUACCCACAGCUCGGUGGGCUCCAUGAGUGGGCCGAGUUACCACUACGGCGGAAAGACAUCGACGGCAGUGCGCGUACAACAGGAUCAGAAGCCUGUCUUUGGCCUGUAUCCGCCACUGCCCUCAGUCAGUGAUGGCUGGAACAGAGGCCAGGAAUUUGGGGAUGGAUCAGGGAUGUCAACUCCAUCCAGCUCAUCUUUUCCUGUCAGCUUCAGCAGUCCAACGGCCAGACCCGAGGCCAGCAGCUCCACAUCUUCAGCCCCUGCCAAGCACAGCGGUCCAACCCAUAAGAUCUGCCUGGUGUGUUCUGAUGAGGCCUCUGGCUGCCACUAUGGAGUCCUCACCUGCGGAAGCUGUAAGGUCUUCUUCAAGAGGGCCGUUGAAGGAUGGAGAGCACGACAAAACACAGAUGGACAACACAACUAUCUGUGUGCCGGGAGGAAUGACUGCAUCAUAGACAGGAUCCGCAGGAAGAACUGUCCGGCGUGCCGCUUCCGCAAGUGUCUCCAAGCAGGGAUGAACCUGGAAGCAAGGAAAAACAAGAAGCUGAUCCGAUUUAAAGGUCAGCAGGCCACGCCAGAGUCGAACGCACCUGAUGAAAGGGCAUGCACCCUGAUCCCAAAGUCCAUGCCCCAGCUGGUGCCCACCAUGCUGUCCUUGCUUAAAGCCAUCGAGCCAGAGGCCAUUUACUCUGGCUACGACAGCACCAUCCCCGACACCUCCACCCGCCUUAUGACCACCCUCAACAGGUUGGGCGGACAGCAGGUCGUUUCAGCCGUCAAGUGGGCCAAGUCCCUACCAGGGUUCCGGAACCUUCACCUGGAUGAUCAGAUGACUCUGCUGCAGUGCUCCUGGCUGUUCCUCAUGUCAUUCGGCCUGGGCUGGCGCUCCUACCAGCAGUGUAAUGGGGGCAUGCUCUGUUUCGCCCCUGACCUGGUUAUUAAUGAUGAGAGGAUGAAGCUGCCCUAUAUGACCGACCAGUGUGAGCAGAUGCUGAAGAUCUCCACUGAGUUUGUGAGGUUGCAGGUGUCCUACGACGAGUACCUGUGUAUGAAAGUCCUGCUGCUGCUCAGCACAGUACCAAAGGAUGGAUUGAAGAGCCAGGCUGUGUUUGAUGAGAUCCGCAUGACCUACAUCAAGGAGCUGGGGAAGGCCAUCGUCAAGCGGGAAGAGAACUCCAGCCAGAACUGGCAGAGGUUCUACCAACUCACUAAGCUACUGGACUCCAUGCAGGAGAUGGUGGGGGGCCUCCUGCAGAUCUGCUUCUACACUUUUGUGAAUAAAUCCCUUAGUGUGGAGUUCCCUGAAAUGCUGGCCGAGAUCAUCAGCAACCAGAUACCAAAAUUCAAAGAUGGGAGUGUCAAGCCGCUUCUGUUUCAUCACGCCUUAAACCAUGACACAAUGCCUUAAAUCCCCAGCCUCCCCUCUCGCCAGCCAGACCAACCUGUUUUCCCUGCAGACGUCCCACCAGGUCCCCUACCAGUACGGAUUAAUGUAGUGAGAGUGUGCACUCAAAUCGGUUCCCAGAGGACUUGGGUGGAUAGAGAAUGUGAAAAGGAGAGAGAACAGGAGUGUAAGAUUGACACUGACCAUGAGCGACAUGGCAACAAACUAACUGACCCUUCUGGAUGAAACAAGGAUUCAACUGUUCUAGAAUCGCGUUUAGACCGUGAAUCACUUCAAAAGACUUGAUUAUUGUGAGAUUGGAGGAAUCAAAUUUUAACAACAAAAAGAGAAAGGAAUAUUUUCUAUUGAUUUAAUGCAUGCACAGACCGCUGAAACGUUUACGCAAGAAUAUCAGAAAAGGGAAAACGUGCCUUUUUUUUUUUAGCUUUACAAGCUUUCCAUAGCCAUUUUUCUCAAACUGUCAAAAGCAAGUAUUUUGCAUAGGAAUUUAAUAUAAACACCUUUGUAUGUAUUUGUGUCUGUUCUCUUUCUAAGCAGCCAUGUUUAUUUUCUAAAAUGUGUAGUUAAAUGAUCCCCAGAAGUGAAGUGUACAGUAAAUAAUAAAACCAACAAUAUGUUCAA